AAAAUUGAAUAACAAGCAAAACUAUAUUGAAAGCUUGUGUUGGAACAAAGUACAAAUAUAUGCAUAGUAGUCAUAAAAUUAAUAUUCUAUAUUUGGUUGUUUUUUAAUAAAUAAAUAAAAAAGGUAGUGUCAAAUGGGUGGUGGUGAUCACAAAAAUGUUUCCAUUGUUAGCAAGAAGAAAAAGAAAAAUGGAUCUUUUAAAUCCAUUUUCAUGCAUGCUGAUGUUUUAGAUUGGUUUUUCAUGGUUUUUGGUUUGCUUGGUGCAAUUGGUGAUGGCAUAAUGACACCUUUGGUGUUGUUUAUCACAAGCAAAAUUAUGAACUCUCUUGGUGGUAGUUCUACCACAACAAGCAACAAUUUUAUUCAUAACAUCAAUAAGAAUGCAGUUAUUAUGCUAUAUUUGGCUUGUGUUUCUUUUGUAGCUUGUUUUCUAGAGGGUUAUUGUUGGACAAGAACAGGUGAAAGACAAGCUGCAAGAAUGAGAGCUAGGUACUUAAAAGCAAUUCUUAGACAAGAAGUUGCAUUCUUUGAUUUACAUGUUACAAGCACAUCAGAAGUUAUCAUCAGUGUCUCAAAUGACAGCCUAGUAAUUCAAGAUGUUCUUAGUGAAAAGGUCCCAAAUUUUUUGAUGAAUGCAUCUAUGUUCAUUGGGAGCUACAUAGUAGCAUUUGCAUUGUUAUGGAAACUUGCCAUUGUUGGUUUCCCUUUUGUGCUUCUACUUGUGAUUCCUGGUCUCAUGUAUGGAAGAACUUUGAUGGAUUUAGCUAGAAAAAUCAAAGAAGAGUAUAAUGAAGCUGGCACAAUAGCAGAACAAGCAAUAUCUUCCAUAAGAACUGUUUAUUCCUUUGUUGGUGAAAGCAAAACCAUUGAUGCUUUCUCUAAUGCUUUACAAGGAUCAGUUAAGUUAGGAUUGAAACAAGGCUUAGCUAAAGGAUUAGCCGUAGGAAGCAAUGGUGUUGUUUUUGCAAUUUGGUCUUUUAUGUCUUUUUAUGGUAGCAGACUGGUUAUGUAUCAUGGUGCUAAAGGUGGUACUGUCUUUGCAGUUGGAGCUUCUAUUGCACUUGGUGGAUUGGCUUUAGGAGCUGGUUUAUCCAAUAUAAAAUAUUUCUCAGAAGCAAGUGUUGCAGGAGAAAGAAUACUGGAAAUGAUAAAUAGAGUUCCAAAGAUAGAUUCUGAAAACAUGGAAGGAGAGGUUAUAGAGAAAGUAUUGGGAGAAGUUGAAUUUAAGAAUGUUGAAUUUGUGUAUCCAUCAAGACCAGAGAGUGUGAUCUUACAUGAUUUUUGUCUAAAAGUUCCAUCAGGUAAAACAUUGGCAUUAGUAGGAGGAAGUGGUUCUGGAAAAUCAACUAUUGUAUCACUUUUGCAAAGAUUUUAUGAUCCAAUUAGUGGAGAGAUAUUUGUUGAUGGAAUUUCUAUUCAUAAGUUGCAACUUAAAUGGCUUAGAUCUCAAAUGGGAUUAGUAAGUCAAGAACCUGCAUUAUUUGCAACAAGUAUUAAGGAGAAUAUACUUUUUGGAAGAGAGGAUGCUACUUAUGAAGAAAUUGUGGAAGCUUCUAAAGCUUCUAAUGCUCAUGAUUUCAUUUCAAAAUUGCCACAAGGAUAUGAUACUCAGGUUGGGGAGAGGGGAGUUCAAAUGUCAGGAGGACAAAAGCAAAGGAUUGCGAUUGCAAGAGCCAUAAUUAAAAUGCCAAAAAUUCUAUUGCUAGAUGAAGCAACAAGUGCACUUGAUUCUGAAUCUGAACGAAUUGUUCAACAAGCUCUAGACAAAGCUGCAAUUGGACGAACCACCAUCAUCAUCGCUCAUCGUUUAUCCACUAUUCGAAACGCAGAUAUCAUUGCCGUCGUUCAAAACGGCAACAUCGCCGAAACUGGAUCUCAUCAAACCCUUAUUCAAAACGACAAUUCUAUUUACACCUCCCUCGUUCGUCUCCAACAAACUAAAAGUGAUCAAAACGACGACGUUCCUUCUAUCAUUAAUAGAGACCACGUGCGAAACACGAGUAGUGGUAGUACUCUCGUCAGUCGUUCAAGUUCUUUUAACUCAAUGACACGUGGCAAUGAUGAUAUUGUUCUUCCUAAUAAUAAUAAUAAUAACCAAGUUGUUGAAGAAAUUGUUAAUAAAAAUAAUAAUAAUAAUAAUAAUAAUAAAAUAGAGGUUCCUUCUUUUAGAAGGUUAUUGGCAAUGAAUGUGCCAGAGUGGAAGCAAGGAUGUUUGGGGUGUUUAAAUGCGGUUUUAUUCGGUGCGGUUCAACCCGUAUAUGCAUUUUCAAUGGGGUCGGUUAUAUCGGUUUAUUUUUUGGAUGACCAUGAUGAGAUCAAGAAGCAAAUUAGGAUUUAUUCACUUUGUUUUCUAGGAUUAGCUUUGUUCUCAAUGAUUGUAAAUGUGCUUCAACAUUAUAGUUUUGCUUAUAUGGGAGAGUAUUUGACAAAGAGAGUUAGAGAAAGAAUGCUUUCUAAAAUACUCACUUUUGAAGUUGGAUGGUUUGAUGAGGAUCAAAAUUCUUCAGGUGCUAUUUGCUCUAGACUUGCCAAAGAAGCCAAUGUGGUAAGGUCUUUGGUGGGUGAUAGAUUGGCUUUAGUGGUACAAACCAUAUCAGCAGUGGUAAUAGCAUUCACAAUGGGACUAGUAAUUGCAUGGAGGCUAGCCAUUGUUAUGAUAGCAGUUCAACCAAUUAUCAUAUGUUGUUUCUAUACAAGAAGGGUUCUUCUUAAAGAAAUGUCAAGUAAAUCCAUUAAGGCCCAAGAUGAAAGUAGUAAAAUAGCUGCUGAAGCUGUUUCAAAUCUAAGAACCAUCACUGCUUUUUCAUCUCAAGAUAGAAUCCUGAAAAUGCUUGAAAAAGCCCAACAAGGCCCAAGUCAUGAAAGCAUUAAACAAUCUUGGUAUGCAGGUAUUGGGCUUGCAUGUUCACAAAGCAUCAAUUUUUGUGCUUGGGCUUUGGACUUUUGGUAUGGUGGAAAACUUGUGUCUCAAGGUUAUAUUACUGCGAAGGCAUUAUUUGAGACUUUUAUGAUUUUGGUAAGCACUGGAAGAGUUAUUGCUGAUGCUGGUAGCAUGACUACUGAUCUUGCUAAAGGUUCUGAUGCUGUUGGAUCAGUUUUUGCAAUCCUUGAUAGAUAUACUAAAAUUGAGCCUGAUGAUUUAGAAGGUUACAAAGGUGAAAAGUUGGUAGGAAAAAUUGAACUUCAUGAUGUACAUUUUUCAUAUCCAGCUAGGCCUAAUGUAAUGAUCUUUGAAGGAUUCUCAAUUAAAAUUGAUGCCGGAAAAUCUACGGCUUUGGUUGGUCAGAGUGGUUCUGGAAAAUCAACAAUCAUAGGACUAAUUGAGAGAUUUUAUGAUCCACUUAAAGGAAUAGUGACAAUAGAUGGUAGAGAUAUAAAGUCUUAUCAUUUAAGGUCAUUAAGGAAACACAUUGCACUUGUGAGUCAAGAGCCAACAUUGUUUAGUGGUACUAUAAGAGAAAAUAUUGCAUAUGGAGCAUGUGAGAAAGUUGAUGAGAGUGAGAUUAUAGAGGCUGCAAGGGAUGCUAAUGCUCAUGAUUUUAUAUCAAGCUUAAAAGAUGGUUAUGAAACAUGGUGUGGUGACAGAGGAGUUCAACUUUCUGGUGGUCAGAAACAAAGAAUUGCAAUAGCCAGAGCUAUAUUGAAGAAUCCAGAGGUGUUGCUUCUUGAUGAAGCAACAAGUGCACUUGAUAGUCAAUCAGAGAAAUUAGUGCAAGAUGCUUUGGAAAGGGUUAUGGUUGGAAGGACAAGUGUGGUUGUGGCUCAUAGGUUGAGUACUAUACAAAAUUGUGAUUUGAUUGCUGUUUUAGAUAAGGGAACUGUUGUGGAAAAAGGAACACAUUCAUCUUUGUUGGCUAAGGGAUCAAGUGGAGCUUAUUACUCUUUGGUCAGUUUACAAAGAAGACCAACCAACAUAAUUGUUGAUUCUUCAAAUGAAAUCAACUAAUGAAACAAGAUCAAGUUGUCACGUUCGAAGGGACAAGAUAAAAUGAAGAAUGAUGAGGUUGUUGUAGUAAUAGGUGUGAAAAGCAAGUUGAGAAGAGGCUUAGGAUAAUUUGUUGUCACUUAAUUUUCAGAGUUUUCUAUAUGCUCAAUCAUCAAAAUUGAUGGUCUAUAAUUGUGUUAAUUAUUAUCUAUGUUUAUAUUGUAAUAUAGUUUACAUCUUGUAGUCUUUGGUCUCUAUAUCCUAAGAUUAAAAUCUUGAAAAUAAGAGGAGUUAGGGAAAUGAAACUUAUUUGCUAAUAAGUCUUGUUUUAUCCCUUAUGUGCAACUUGUGUUAAUAUGGUUAAUGGUUAAUGUCAAUUUUGCUUGAAUGUAUA